CCUCCCGCCCGCGCCUGGCGGCGGCGGCAGCUCCACCGGCAGCCGCGCAGCCCCGCGGAAUGGAGCGGCGCCGGGGCUGAGCCGGGCGCGCACGGGCCGCCGCAUGUGCCGCGCGGGGAGCGGCUGCGGAGCGCGCGGGGAGCGAGCGCCAGAGGGCCCGUCGGAGCGGCCGCCGGAGCAGCGCCGGAGAUGGGAGAACAGCCCAUCUUCACCACGCGGGCGCACGUCUUCCAGAUCGACCCCAGCACCAAGAAGAACUGGGUGCCGGCGAGCAAGCAGGCGGUCACCGUUUCCUACUUCUACGAUGUCACCAGGAACAGCUAUCGCAUCAUCAGCGUGGACGGAGCCAAGGUGAUCAUCAACAGCACCAUCACGCCCAACAUGACCUUCACCAAGACGUCGCAGAAGUUCGGGCAGUGGGCUGACAGCAGAGCCAACACCGUGUUUGGCCUGGGGUUCUCUUCGGAGCAGCAACUGACGAAGUUUGCAGAGAAGUUCCAGGAGGUGAAAGAAGCUGCCAGGCUGGCCAGAGACAAGUCCCAGGAGAAAAUCGAGACCUCGAGCAACCAUUCCCAGGUGUCCAGCGUCAACGGGACAGACGAUGAAAAGGCCUCUCACGUGGGUCCUGCUGACGCACAGCUUAAGUCUGAGAAUGACAAGCUGAAGAUCGCCUUGACACAGAGUGCCGCCAACGUGAAGAAAUGGGAGAUGGAGCUGCAGACCCUGCGGGAGAGCAACGCGCGGCUGACCACGGCGCUGCAGGAGUCGGCCGCCAGCCUGGAGCAGUGGAAGAGGCAGUUCUCCGUCUGCCGUGACGAGAACGACCGGCUCCGGAACAAGAUUGACGAGCUGGAGGAGCAGUGCAGCGAGAUAAACCGGGAGAAGGAGAGGAACACGCAGCUCAAGAGGAGAAUCGAGGAGCUGGAGUCGGAGCUGCGGGAGAAGGAGACGGAAUUGAAAGACCUCCGCAAACAAAGUGAAAUCAUACCUCAGCUCAUGUCGGAGUGUGAAUACGUCUCUGAGAAGUUAGAGGCGGCAGAGAGAGACAAUCAGAACCUAGAGGACAAGGUGCGGUCCCUCAAGACGGACAUCGAGGAGAGUAAGUACCGCCAGCGCCACCUCAAGGUCGAGCUCAAGAGCUUCCUGGAGGUGCUGGACGGCAAGAUCGACGACCUGCACGACUUCCGCCGCGGCCUCUCCAAGCUGGGGUCCGACAACUAGGGGCAGGGCGGGGGGCGGGGUGGGCGGGGUGUCCCCCGUGGGCGGUGCUUCUGUCCGCGCGGGGCGGGGCUGGGGGCGGGGCAUCCUCCCGUGGGCGGUGCCUCUGUCCCCGCAGGGCGUGUGUCGGCGGGGGAGGGGGCGCGUUUGCGCUCUGGUGGUGGGUGGUGCCACCGCUCUCGCCUCUCUCGCCGGGCCAGGCUGCGGACCCCGGGAAGCCGCUGACUCAGGAAUCCCGCGCCGGGUCCCCCCGUCCGCGGUCACGCGGUCAGGGCGGGGACGGCUGUAUCUUUCUCAAGGGCUGUUGCAACCGCACCACCUGAGCAAGGUGUUUUCUAAUCCAAAUACGCACACCCUUUACACCUUCGGAGGAGCGCGGAGUGUCCGGGUGCCCGUGGGGGGGGCGGGGGGCACGGGGAGCAGCUGUCCUCCGGGUCAGAACCCAGAUGCUUUCCAGCAGCCACUUAGUAGAUGCUGGUCGAGAAAGAACAGGUGUCGGGGGCGUGCGGGACUGCCUGCCUCCCCUCCGCCCCCUCCCUCCCACGUCCUGUGUGUAGGGUUGCCACAACGUCCCUUUCCCGGGUUUUAAUUUCGGAGCAGAUCGCUGUGCGGUGGGAGCCACACGCGGUGACGGUGCCUGGCAUAGAGUAGGUGCUUAAUAAAUAUUUGUUCGACUAAACAUUUAAACAGCACUUAGUGUUUUAAUCAACCCCCCCAGCGGAGUCCAUCGGACCCUGUUGGACAAUCCAUCCUCUUGCAGCGCUGGACAGGAGUUCGACUGAUGGUGUGCAGUCCAGCUUCUGGAUUGCCUCCGGGUGCCCCCGGGCAGGGUGGGUGGCAGAGGAGGCAGCAGGAGCUGGUCCAAGGCUGCUCACUAGCCCAUCCAAGCUGCUCUGCCCCCCCCCCCCCGCCCCGUGCCUUUGAACUGGGACCACCCUGUUUUUCUAGGGUGGGGAUGUAGGCUCGACCCCAUGUUGGGACUGGACAACUAAGAAAUAAAUCACAGGAGUUCUCAAGAGAGAGUCUGCUCAAACUGUCUGAGCCUUGGCCGUAGC